AGCAAAAACCCGAUCGGCGCGCGCCCCCGCGAGCAUCGGCAUCAGCAGCGGUGGUGGUGGUGUCACGCGCAUCAGAGAGAGAGAGCGAGCGCGAGAGAGCAUCGUUCUCCGCAGAGCUCGAGACGCUUCUGAGCUGAACCGGGUCUGACGAACAUGAGCUGGUUGAUGUUCGGCUGAUGUCGGAUCCGCCGUCAACAUGAAGCUGCUGCUGUUUGUGCUGCUGACGCUGCUGUGGCGCGAGGCGCGGUGCGGUUCACCGAGCGUCCAGAUCGGUGGGUUAUUCCCUCGCGGUGCAGAUCAGGAGUACAGUGCGUUCAGAGUUGGCAUGGUUCAGUUUGGAAUGGCAGAUUUCAGACUCACUCCACACAUCGAUAAUCUGGAAGUGGCCAACAGCUUUGCCGUCACCAACUGCUUCUGUUCCCAGUUCUCUCGUGGCGUCUACGCCAUCUUCGGCUUCUACGACAAGAAGUCGGUGAACACCAUCACAUCCUUCUGCGAGACGCUCCACGUCUCCUUCAUCACGCCGUCGUUUCCUGCAGAGGGAAUGAAUCAGUUUGUCCUGCAGAUGAGGCCGGACAUCAAAGGGCCGCUGGUGUCGUUAGUGGAAUAUUACAAGUGGGAGAAGUUUGCCUAUCUAUACGACAGCGACCGAGGACUGUCCACUCUGCAGGUCAUACUGGACACAGCUGCAGAGAAGAAGUGGGUGGUGACGGCGAUAAAUGUCGGGAACCUGAAAGACGAGAGGAAAGACGAGGCGUAUCGCUCCCUCUUCCAGGACCUGGAGAUCCGCAAGGAGCGACGCAUCAUCCUCGACUGUGAACAAGACAAAGUCAAAGACAUCAUGGAGCAGGUCAUCACUAUUGGCAGACAUGUUAAAGGUUAUCACUAUAUCAUCGCUAACUUGGGUUUCGUGGACGGUGAUCUCUCUAAAAUCCAGUACGGCGGUGCAAACGUGUCGGGUUUUCAGAUCGUAGACUUCGAUGAUCCUGUGGUAGCGAAGUUCGAUCAGAGGUGGGAGGCUCUGGAGGAGAAGGAAUAUCCUGGAGCUGACAUUCGCAUCAGAUACACGUCAGCUCUCACCUUUGACGCGGUCCACGUGAUGACCGAGGCGUUUCGCUUCCUCCACAAGCAGAGAAUAGACCUCAAUCGGCGCGGCAACAACGGGGACUGUCUGGCCAAUCCAGCAGUGCCGUGGUCUCAGGGCGUGGAGAUCGAGCGAGCGCUCAAACAGGUGCGUGUCGAUGGUCUAACAGGAAACAUUCAGUUUGAUCAGUACGGGAAAAGAAUCAACUACUCAGUCACAGUCAUGGAGCUGAAGAACAAUGGACCUGUGAAGAUUGGUUACUGGAACGAGGUGGAUAAGAUGGUGGUGACAAAGUCCGAUCUUUAUCCUAACGACAGCAUGGGGAUGGAGAACAAGACGGUGAUCGUCACAACCAUCCUGGAAGCCCCCUACGUGAUGCUGAAGAAAAACUCUGAGUUGUUUCAAGACAACGACCGUUACGAAGGUUACUGUGUCGAUUUGGCCGCGGAGAUCGCAAAACACUGUGGAAUUCGCUACCAGCUGAAGAUUGUGGGAGAUGGAAAAUACGGAGCCAGAGACGCAGAAACCAAGAUCUGGAACGGCAUGGUGGGAGAACUGGUCUACGGGAAAGCUGACAUAGCCAUCGCCCCGCUGACCAUCACCUUGGUGCGAGAGGAGGUGAUCGAUUUCUCCAAACCCUUCAUGUCUCUGGGAAUUUCCAUCAUGAUCAAGAAGCCGCAGAAAUCCAAACCGGGAGUCUUCUCCUUCCUGGACCCGCUGGCCUACGAGAUCUGGAUGUGCAUCGUCUUUGCCUACAUUGGAGUCAGCGUGGUUCUCUUCCUGGUUUCCAGAUUCAGUCCGUACGAGUGGACACUGGAGGAGCCAGAGGACGGAGCGCUGCCGUUGACGACCGAAUCCAACAACGAGUUUGGGAUCUUUAACUCCCUCUGGUUUUCUCUGGGAGCUUUUAUGAGGCAGGGCUGUGACAUCUCACCCAGGUCUCUGUCGGGUCGUAUCGUGGGAGGCGUGUGGUGGUUCUUCACCCUGAUCAUCAUCUCGUCGUACACGGCGAAUCUGGCUGCCUUCCUGACGGUGGAGAGAAUGGUUUCUCCCAUCGAAAGCGCAGAGGACUUGGCCAAACAGACCGAGAUUGCGUAUGGAACUCUGGACUCUGGAUCCACCAAGGAGUUCUUCAGGCGCUCAAAAAUCGCAUUAUUUGACAAGAUGUGGCAGUACAUGAAAUCGGCAGAGCCGUCCGUGUUCGUCAAGAAGACGUCGGAGGGAGUCCUGCGCGUGCGCAAGUCCAAGGGGAAGUACGCGUACCUGCUGGAGUCCACCAUGAAUGAGUACAUCGAGCAGCGGAAGCCCUGCGACACCAUGAAAGUGGGCGGGAACCUGGAUUCCAAAGGCUACGGCAUCGCCACGCCCAAAGGCUCCCCAUUAAGAGUGCCAGUAAACCUUGCCGUAUUGAAACUGAAUGAGCAAGGGACGCUAGACAAGAUGAAAAACAAGUGGUGGUACGAUAAAGGAGAGUGUGGCUUCAAGGACUCCACCAACAAGGAGAAGACCAGCGCUCUGUCUCUCAGUAACGUCGCAGGAGUCUUCUACAUCCUGGUUGGAGGUCUGGGUUUGGCCAUGAUGGUAGCACUGGUGGAGUUCUGCUACAAGAGCCGAGUCGAGGCCAAAAAAAUGAAGAUGAAGUUCACAGAUGCGAUGCGCUCCAAAGCUCGUCUUUCCAUCACAGGAUCGAGCGGCGAGAACGGCCGCGUCCCGGUGGCUUACCUCCGUCCAGGGUUACCCAUGAGCCUCAGCAUGACUGAUCUUUCCUGACCACACCUGAGUCAGUGCCUUACAGCCACUCACCACACAAACUCCCCUCCUUAAUCCUGAAUCUCCUCCUCCUCCGGUGACCAACUCCUCCCCCCUCAUGAAGACGACCCCCAAAACUCCCAUUGUUCAAACCCUCGCCGCUCUCGUAUCUCUGAGGACUCCUGAUCUCGCUCUCUGUUUUCACGUUUCACAGCCCGGAGAGACCGGACCUGCGUGGUCCUGCCGCCGCUGGGCUGUCAGGCGUCAGCAAAGACCUGCCUUUAAAACUCUGGAGUGAAUCAGCGAGUGACUCGUGUGACAGCGUCAUGAUCCAAACACAAGCACACGGGACACUUUUCUAAACACACGUGCACCAUGGUUUAGUAGAUUUCUUCUUUCCCUCCUUUUCUCGGCGGCGUCGUCGUCGUCGUCUUGUACAGAUAAAUUAAAGCGGUGACGCCGACGUGAACGCAAUAACAGCAUUAAUCAGGGAUGUGAUCAGGAAACUAAACGAGCACCAACAAAACACAGAGAAGUCGCAUCCUUGGAUUUAUAGUCAUUGUGUGAUAAUAGCAGAUAAUAAUUAUAAUAAUAAUAAUGUUAAUAUUCCUUAUUGUUUUUUUCCUUAAUUCUGCCUGAAAAUCCCGUAUUAGUAUAGUUUUCUUUUUAAUGAGAAAUGCAUGGAUUGGCGCUCACACACACACACAGAAAGACGGGGCUGUAGAAAAACAAGUGAUCAUUAGAAAUGAUUGGAAACAACAAUCUGUCAAAUCACCAGGCACAGACUGCAGUUCACCUCCGGGCCACACGAGGGCGCUCCUUUGUUUGACAGAUACAUUUAACGCCCAGGUAUCUUAAAAACACAAAACAAAGGAAAAUAAAAUUAAUUCUGCAAAUAUUUACUUUUAUGUUUAUGUUCAUUAUUGAUUGUUCAUGUUUACUUAUAGAUUAAUAAAACUAUGUAUUAAUCUAUAUACUGUAUAUACAUAUAUAUGUAUAUUUUAUUUACAGCCAGUUAUAAUAAGUGACUAUAAUAUAAUUAUGACCCUUGUGGCUCUCCAUACACAGCACACAUGAACCAUGAAGUACAGUUCACGUGAAGUGGAGGCGUUUAUUUUCUCUCUCCCUGUGCACGCACACACACGCACACACACACACGAGCGUCGUCAUGUGACUUUGGAAGACGUGCCAAACAGACUGAGAACCAAUCAGAGCUCUCCAUGCUCAGCCAAUGGCAGCUGCUGACACUGACAACCUGAGCCACUAGGGAGCGCUCUCUGCUGGUGGAUUUAAAACAAACAAAAAACUGUGAACAAAAAAGAACAAAAACAAACCUUUGUUUUAAUAAAUGAAUAAAUAUCCUGCACUGAUGAAGACGAUGAGGACAAAGACGAGGACGGAGAACGUUUGCAUGUCACUUUGAGUUUUUUCUUUCAGACGAACUCAUCGGCCUGAAUCUUUGCGUCUGGCUGCGUUUUAGUGUUUAAUGAUUAAUAGUAAUAAUAAUAAUAAUAAUGAUGAUGAUAUUAACAAUAUUAAUUGCAGUAUUCAUGAUGUGGUUCUUGUUCUGUAAAAUGUGAUGCUUUUACCAACUCAAGUCUGCUACUUUUUCUGUUUUUAACGAGGAAGCCGGUAUUUGUGCCCACGCUAGCCCGACGCUAGCUCGUUAGCCCGAAGAGCUUCUCGGAAAACGUACAACAAAAGCCAGAGACGCGAUAAAACGCCGGAGAGAAGCCGAAAACAAGAAAAAGUAGAUACUUUUUAAGAAAAUUAUUAGUAUUAUUAUUAUGGACUUGUGUUGUUUUUGCAACGACCACGCUGAGUCGUGAGUGUGAAUGCUGAGUCAUGAGUGUAAACGCUGAGUCAUGAGUGUGAAUGCUGAGUCAUGAGUGUAAGCGCUGAGUCAUGAGUGUAAACACUGAGUCAUGAGUGUAAACAGUGAGUCAUGAGUGUAAACAGUGAGUCAUGAGUGUGAAUGCUGAGUCAUGAGUGUGUGAACGCUGAGUCAUUAGUUUGUGAACACUGAGUCGAAUGUGAACGCUGAGUCAUGAGUGAACGCUGAGUUAUGAGUGUGAACGCUGAGUCAUGAGUGAACGCUGAGUCAUGAGUGUGAACGCUGAGUCAUGAGUGAACGCUGAGUCAUGAGUGUGAACGCUGAGUCAUGAGUGAACGCUGAGUCAUGAGUGAACGCUGAGUCAUGAGUGAACACUGAGUCAUGAGUGUGAACGCUGAGUCAGAAUCCACACUUCUUGGCUGUUUUUGGAAAAAUGUCCACGCUUGUAAAAAGAAAAAAGCUUUUUGCGAUAUUUCACGUUUUUCAAAAAUAUUCAGCUUUUUCUGCGAUUAUGACUUUUUUCUCUCAUUGAAAAUGAACGGAUGAACGACGUCCGCCGUUCUGUCAGAUAUUUUUUCACGUUGUAGUUAUUAAGUGAAACAAAAUGGCUCCCAAACACGUCGUCGUCGUCGUCCACAGAGAAAAAUGUAAAAAUGUUCAUUUUCUAUUAAACUCAUUGAUUUUGA